AUGUCUAAAGGUAAAGUUUGUCUCGCAUACUCAGGUGGUUUGGAUACCUCCGUUAUUCUUGCUUGGUUGUUGGAACAAGGCUAUGAGGUUAUCGCCUUCAUGGCCAAUAUUGGUCAGGAAGAAGAUUUUGCUGCUGCCGAGAAAAAAGCACUGGCAAUAGGUGCUACGAAGUAUGUCCUAGUGGACGUUAGAAAAGAAUUUGUCACAGACGUCUUGUUUCCAGCCGUUCAAGUUAAUGCAAUCUAUGAAAACGUUUAUCUGUUGGGAACCUCCCUCGCUAGACCUGUGAUUGCUAAAGCUCAGAUCGAAGUUGCCGAGAGAGAAGGUUGUUUUGCUGUCUCCCAUGGCUGUACAGGUAAAGGAAAUGAUCAGGUCAGAUUCGAGCUUUCUUUUUAUGCUUUGAAGCCGGACGUUAAAGUCAUUGCUCCUUGGAGAGACCCUACCUUCUUCGAAAGAUUUGCAGGAAGAAAGGAUCUACUCGACUAUGCUGCACAGAAGGGUAUUCCUGUUGCACAAACCAAGGCUAAACCAUGGUCGACAGACGAAAACAUGGCUCAUAUUUCUUUCGAGGCUGGAAUUCUUGAGGACCCAGAUGUUACCCCUCCUAAGGAUAUGUGGAAGCUCACUGUUGAUCCAAUUGAUGCUCCUGAUUCUCCUGAAGAUUUUAUCGUUGAAUUUGAAAAAGGAAUUCCAAAGAAGUUGAUUCUUUCAGAUGGUAAAGAGAUCACGGAUCCCGUUGAAUUAUUCAUCACAGCCAAUGCAGUUGCAAGAAGAAAUGGUGUUGGAAGAAUUGAUAUCGUUGAGAACAGAUUUAUUGGUAUCAAGUCCAGAGGUUGUUACGAGACUCCUGGGUUGACCUUGUUAAGAUCUACGCAUAUCGAUCUCGAGGGACUGACUCUUGAUAGAGAGGUUAGAAGCAUCAGAGAUUCGUUUGUCACGCCUUCGUACUCCAAGCUUCUUUACAAUGGAAUGUACUUCACUCCUGAAUGUGAGUAUGUCAGAUCUAUGAUCCAGCCAUCUCAGAACACUGUCAACGGAGUGGUCAGAGCUAGAUGCUACAAAGGAAGCCUUUCCAUUUUGGGUAGAUCUUCGUCCACUGAAAAGCUCUAUGAUGCUACGGAGUCUUCAAUGGACGAACUCACAGGAUUCCAGCCGCAAGAAGCUUCUGGAUUUAUCUCUGUCCAAGCCAUCAGAAUCAAGAAAUAUGGUGAAAAGGUCAGAGAAGAUGGUAAAUUCCUCCAGUUAUAA